AUGGUUGACAAAGAUCAUAAGCGAUUUAUGAAAGGAAAUCGCAGUAUGAAUGAUAUUCAUCACAAGUUUGUUGAAGAUUGCACCAAAGCUAACAUCGGUCUUACUUCAACUUUCAACUUAUUAAAGGAGUUUUUGGGUGGUUAUGAUGUUGUUGGGUGUACAUUGAAUGAUGUUAGGAAUUGUUCUCGUGAUAUUAAAGAGAAACUGAAAGAAGUGGAUGUUCAAAUGAUCUUAGUGAGCUUAUUUUGGUCUGAUGCUGAGUUUCGGAAACAUUACCAUAUGUUUGGAGAUGUUGUAGCAUUUUAUACAACAUAUUCGACAAACAGGUAUCGUAUGGUGUUUGGUCCAUUUACCGGGAAAGAUAAUCACGGGUGUCCUAUUGCAUUUGGAGCUGGUUUCGUAUCCAGUGAGAAUUGUGAUGCAUUCUCAUGGCUUUUCACUGUGUUUGUUGAAUGCAUGGGUGUUGCUGCAAGGAUCAUAAUCACAGACCAAGAUUGGGGAAUGAGGCUUGCAAUUGAGAAGGUAUUAUCUGGUACAAGGCAUCGUUUGUGCAUGUGGCAUAUUAUGAGCAAGUUGUUUGAGAAAAUACCUAAAUCUUUUUCUGAUAGAGAAAAGUUUAGUAAGGAGUUUAAAGCUUGUGUUUGGUCAGAAUUGUUAGAUCCAGAUGAGUUUGACAUAUUAUGGACUGGUAUUGUUGAAAAAUAUGGCGUGGAAGAUCAUAAAUGGUUUAAGGACAUGUUUGCUAUUAGACAUUUGUGGAUCCCAGCCUACUUUCGAGAUGUUCCUAUGGGUUCUUUAAUGAGAACAACAUCUUUUUCAGAAUCUGAAAACAGUUUUUUUAAGAGGUACUUGAAACCGUUGUUUAAUUUUGCUGACUUCACUCUUCAGUAUAAUAAUGCCAUUGAUGCUCAAAGGAAUCAAACUGAAAGGCUUGACUAUUAUGAUUCUAUAAUCUCUCCAAAAUAUACCACUGAUUUAGCAUUUGAGAAGCAAUUGGCAUCUGUAUACACAGAUAGGAUGUUUAGAGUGGUACAAGAAUUAAUUUCUGAGGCUGAUAAGAGUUGUCGGAUGAUUAGCAUGUCCACUUUGGAGAACAUCGAGGUCUUUAAAGUUCCUGAUGCUAGAAAGAAGACCUUCAUAGUUACACAUGAGAUAGAGAUUGAGCCAUUUGAUUGUGAGUGUAAACUAUUUGAAAGGUGUGGUUAUCUAUGCAGCCGCCUUUGCUUCGUCCUCAGAAACAAAGAUGUCAACAAUAUUCCAGAGAAGUAUGUUGGAAACCGGUGGCUGAAAAGUGAAUUAUUGAAGGCAGUUCAUGGUCUCACGAGUGAUGAAAGUGCGUCUGACAAAGGUUCUAACGAAGAUGGCAAGCUACAGAUUGGUAACAGGUGUCAUGGACGUUACUUUGGUCUAUAUCAACGCGCUUUUAAGAAUAAAAAUCAUCUGAUUGCAUUGGAUAAUUUGCUUGCGGGUAUUGGUCCUCAAAUUUUUACUGAUGACACUACUGGAUCUUCAUCAGUUGAUAAAAAUGAUUCCAUCAAGAACAUAUAUGGUAUUGUUGUACCUGAAGAAAUAACUGCACAUGCUCCAGAUGUGGUUAGUACAAAGGGAGGUGCAAGUGACAAGAAAAGCAGGAUUAAGUCGAGCAUAGAGAAAGCAAUUGAAAAAGCAAGUAAACUUCAUAGGCGUUGUGGAAAGUGUCAUAAAGUGACUGACCAUAAUUCCAGGAGUUGUGGCAGAAAGUAG